AAUCGACGGCUGGCCUUCCGGCACUGCGCGGAGCGAUAGACGAAAAUCCAAAGAGGCGUCUAAUUGGGUAUUUGUCCAUUUAAUCAGGGGGUUUUCUGGAAGUCUAGCUUCAAAAUUAGUAGAAGUGGGUGCACUGGGGAACCCAGGGGAGAUAAAAAAAGCUUUGGAGAAAAGAACUCGCCGGGAAGAUAGAGAGAGCGACCUAGCGUCAUCCUGUCCUUUCCCCUCGAUUAGAUUCGGUUUUAGAUCUCAUCUUAGAGAGGCCAGCGCUCUGGUGUCCAAGUUUUUUUAGGUCGAAGCGCGUUACGAGUCUCUCUGGCAGAGAAUUACUGUAACAAACAGUUUUGGAGCAUGAGGGAAUAAUGGCAGCUGCAGAAGCAAGGGCUGCUUGGCAGCGUGCUGCGAACCGUUGCCUAGUCCAGGAAGAUGCAAAGAGAGCUCCAAAGUUAGCUUGCUGCCCGUCAUCAUCAGCACUGCAGAAUGAUUCAAGCAAUGGCAAUGCGACAAACGCACCAGAUAAUUCUGGCUCCAACUUUGUGCCUUUAAACUGGAACCCCAUGAAUUCUAAUCUCCCACCAGACACAAAAUGGUGGCUCCAGCUGCAACCGAACUUUGGUUACCAAAAGGAGUAUAUGUGUGAACAACUGAAUUUCGUAGAAGAUGAACUUGAUGAGAAGGGAUUAGAAAGUACAGUCCCAACAUCUAAUCUUACUGAAGAGCCAUUGCCUGGUGAAUCAAUGGACAUUGAUCUUAAAAAGAGUGAAUGCUUUCUCGAGUCUCCAUGGAUGGUAUCUACGGCUUUUAUGAAGCACAAUUCUGAAUCCAGAGUAGAAGGGAUGAAGACAAUAGCCAGUUUUCCACAACAACCACUAAAGCGUAAAGUAGAUAUGGGUGAUUAUCUUUGCCAGGAUGAGGAGCUGCUGGAUUGGAAGGCAGUUGACCGGUUAAUUUCAAAGAAACAAGAGAAGUUUUCUUCAGACCUUGAUUCACCAUGGGCAGGAGGUAACAAGUGUGAGCCCUGGUGGCGAAUAUCUGACAAAGAUGAGUUGGCUUCAUUGGUUGCCCAAAAAUCACAGCAGCAUAUCGAGAACUGUGAUCUUCCCAGACCCACCCAGAUGAUGCAUGUUAGUGGGGAUCCAUUUGCUUGUCUUGGAAAUUUAGACAGUAAUAGGAUAUUUUCCUCGAGCAUAGGUCAAAACUUGCAUGCUGGCACAUGCAGCCCCUUUGGUUAUGCACAAAAUAGUUCUACUUCUGGCAGUGUGGUUGAUAAGAAUUGGUCUUCUGGUGGAGGCUGUUUGGUACAUGAUACUGAGAAACUGUACAGUGGCAAGCGAGGUUAUUGUACAAGUAAAGAAGAUUCACCAGAUGGCAAAAACAUACAAGAAGGUGACCCAAGCAGAGCUCAGUUGUUGGAAGCACUCUGCCAUUCCCAAACCCGAGCUAGGAAAGCUGAAAUGGCAGCCCAAGAGGCUUAUAAUGAGAAGGACCACAUCAUCAAGCUACUCUUCAGACAAGCUUCUCAGCUGUUUGCAUACAAGCAGUGGAUGCACAUGUUACAGCUAGAGAGCCUGUGUCUCCAGCUCAAGAUCAAAGAUCACCAGAUCUCAACUCUCUUCCCUGUCCUGCCAUGGAUGCCAUUGAAGGGGGCACCUUCAAGCAAAGAUAGGAACACAACAAGUAGGAAAGGGAGGAAGCAGAAGAAGUGUAAUAUCUGCAAGUACGCGGUCGUCUUUGCUUUUGGAUUGGGUUUGGCUGGUGCAGGACUGCUCUUGGGAUGGACCUUGGGCUGGUUACUGUGUACUCCCUAGAUUGCCUCACACUUUAUAAGACUCCUAAAGAAGAAUUUCAAAUCCACACUCGCUGGAUUUGUACUGCUCCCGUUGAGCAAUUGCAUUAAGGCCCACGUUCAUGAGCUUGCCUGAAAAUUGGAGUUCAAAGCAUGCGAUGGUUCAUGUUGUGUGUUUAUUCGGUGAAGUGUUUUUCAUCUUUUGUUGUGCAUAAGCACUAUCUAGUGUACAUAUGAUGUGUCGAGACUGGUGGUUGCAUUGGCAUAAUGAUACACAUACAGGAUGACGAGACUGAUGGUCUGGUGGGCAACGAAAUAUAUCCUUUACAUCAUCAGUGAUA